GGUGGAACGGGGAAUAUGGCGUCGGUCUCGGCCGAGACUCCAGCCAGCCAUGGGCACAGCUUCAGUAAAAAAAUGUUUCACAAACCGACGUACUGCCAUAGCUGCACGGACAUGCUCUGGGGCCUCAUACAGCAGGGGUACAUCUGCGAAGUUUGCAACUUCGUGGUGCACGACCGCUGUCUCAAGGCCGUCGUCUCUCCCUGCUCCAGCAUCGCGGCAAGCCUGAUUAAGAACCCGGUUGCACAUUGUUGGUCUGAACAAGUACACUGCAAAAGAAAAUUCUGCAAUGUCUGUCGAAAACGAUUGGAUGAUAAUCCAUGUAUACACUGUGAAAUAUGCGAGUACUUCGUGCACGUAGAAUGCCAAGACUUCGCGGUGGCAGACUGCAAGGAGAAUGCCACAUACCUACCUGGGAAAGAUCUGUCAGCAGUGAAACACACUCAUCAUUGGCGGGACGGCAAUCUUCCGAGCAGUUCGAAAUGUGCCGUAUGCAAGAAGAGUUGUUUUACUGCCGAGUGCCUUGCCGGGGUUCGUUGCGAGUGGUGCGGCAUGACGUCGCACGCGUAUUGUUACAAGAAUAUUCCCCAAGAAUGCACCUUUGGUAACUUGGAACCAAUUUACCUGCCGCCACAUGCAGUUAGUAUUCCGCGUACCGAAGUUCCCAUGGAAGCUAUCAUUGGAGUAGAAGUGCGUCGUAAAGAAGUGCUGGCGCGUGAGUAUUCUUGCCAUAACAUCGGAGAGCAAUUCGAUUUCGCUGAGAGUGAACAAAAUGGGGCUGCAGGCCGCCUAACCGAAGCUUUGAGGCGCCUUUCGCUAGUUUUGCCACGUAGCUGCCAUGGAAAUUGUCAUGCUUCCCCUCCUUAUGUUCGAGCGCGAAGUAUAUCAGAGGAAUUUGGUAGCGACUCGAGGAAUCGUGACAAUGGAGAACCAGCACAGGGAACAGCGCAUGGCCGUGAUCCGCGUUCUCCUAAAGAGAAAGAAGAUAAAGACAGAGGUGACGAAGAAAUGAUUAAGGUGUGCGAUGGCAACAAUUCCUUGAGGCGAAGAAUAUUUCGGGUGAUUUCAGUACCCAGGCAGGCUACAACAGAGCAGGUUCUCACAUCGGCACUGCGCGCAUUUCACAUCACGAAAGAUCCUAGCAACUUUUACUUAACUGACCUGUAUGCCGUGGAAGAAACUGAGUUAUGUGAUCCAACGCCUGUUCUAAAUUUAAAUCGCAAAGAAGGCAAACGUCCGGCUGUGUUCUUGCGAUUUAAAGAUAAUGACAGCGGAGAGGUACGGGUUUAUCCUGGCAAAUUGCAGGUAUCAGAGUCAUUCUGUAUAGUACCUGUCACGGAAGCUACAACCGUCGUAGACUUAAUAAACGAGGCGCUGGAAAAGUUUGGUUUACAAAAUUUUAAUUGUGAUGACUUUAGGUGCAGUGAAAUUCUUUUAGACCAUGGUGUAACGGAAAGAGUUUUGUCCUGGGAUGAAAGACCCUGGGAUAUUGUUAAAAAGCUGGGAAAAGAUUCUAUUAGACAAAUGGAAUUAAUGCGAUUCUAUCUACAACUAAAGCAAGAUCCCCAUGGACCUAAUUUGGCUUUAUUCGUGGGCAACUUACCGCAAAAUCUGUCUGAAAGAAGUUAUGAAAACAUGUUGACAGAAUUUUUAGGAAAAGAAAAUAGGUUCUCAUCAAUCGGCCCAAUUUAUUAUGAAUAUGGUUCGAUGGUUAUCAUAUAUGAAGAUUUGGAUACAGCGGUUAGAGCAUUAUAUACACUGCGAGAAACAAAAUGUGAAGACAAACUUCUUUUAGUAAUGAUUUUACCAAGUAUCGAGCCAAGUAUGGUACCAACGGGCGUUCAACCGCUGCUCGUGUUUGUAAAUGUAAAAUCUGGUGGGUGUCAAGGACUCCAGCUAAUUUCUAGUUUUCGUAAACUAUUAAAUCCUUAUCAAGUGUUCGAUCUUGAUAAUGGCGGACCUCUCCCUGGACUUUACGUUUUUCGACACAUAAAAGACUAUAAAAUAUUAGUUUGUGGUGGUGAUGGAACAAUAGGUUGGGUAUUACAAUGUUUAGAUAAUGUGGGUCAGGAUAGCCAGUGUUCUUCUCCUGCUUGUGCUAUUGUACCUUUGGGAACAGGAAACGAUCUUGCUCGUGUACUAUGUUGGGGUUCAGGCUACACUGGUGACGAAGAUCCACUAAACUUAUUGCGAGACGUUAUCGACGCGGAAGAAAUAAUAUUGGACCGAUGGACUGUAGUUUUUCAUCCAGAAGAAAAGGAACAACCUCAAGUAGUUUGUAAUGCUGCAACUUCUCAGCAAGUAGCGACACGCCAUUUGCAUAUUACCGGUGCUGGUGCAACUAGCGAAGACAAUACGCAAAUAUACGUAAUGAAUAAUUACUUUGGCAUUGGCGUCGACGCAGAUUUAUGUCUGGACUUUCAUAACGCGAGAGAGGAGAAUCCUAAUAAAUUCAAAAGCAGAUUACGAAAUAAAGGCGUGUACGUAAGGAUGGGUUUGCGUAAAAUGGUCAGACGAAAACCAUGCAAAGAUUUACAUAAAGAAAUUCGAUUAGAAGUAGACGGUAAAUUAGUUGAGUUACCACAAGUGGAAGGAAUAAUAAUUUUGAACAUUUUGAGUUGGGGUUCUGGUGCUAAUCCUUGGGGACCAGAUACCAAAGAAGAUCAAUUUUAUACACCAAAUCAUUGGGAUGGCAUGCUGGAAGUUGUUGGAGUCACAGGUGUUAUGCAUCUUGGACAAAUACAGUCGGGUUUACGUACAGCUAUGAGGAUAGCGCAGGGCGGACACAUAAAAAUUCACUUAAACUCAGACAUACCUGUACAAGUAGAUGGUGAACCGUGGGUUCAGAGUCCUGGAGACAUCGUGGUCUUGAAAUCAGCGCUCAAGGCUACGAUGCUGAAGAAGACAAAAGGCAAAAUGAAACGGCGCAACACGGAAUCUAGUAUGCAGUUGGCGCUACAGGCCGCACCGUCAAGUGAUCCGGAUGAAGAUAUCUUCUGAGUGAACAAACGUUAUGUGAAAGUGUUCGAACACGGUGCGGUGCGGAAUGCAGGGCACGUAGCCAUGUAAAGGACUUGAUUGACUAGUGCACGUAAUAAAAUAAAAUCGGCCUUGAUAUCAUCUGAUGGCACUGUACGAACAUAAGUACUUACAACGUGAGAAGAAAGACACUCGUGGAAGCAACAGGGGACGGAUAGAUAAGGUUUUCAGACACGGACACACAUACAGCAUUAAAAAAAUCCAUUAUUAACUCAGUGAUUCUUAAUGUUUGUUCUUACAUUAAUAGAAAAUGAAACUAGAUCUCAUUUUUAAAUGUUAAUAAUUCUAGCACCGUAUGUAGUGUUUACCGAUCAAUAUUUUUUUAGUAAAAUUAUAAUAGAUUUUAACAUAAAUAACACCUUACCACACAUACACGUACACACACUUAAUCAGAAUCGAAAAAAAAUCAAUGCGUUUACGCGUACUUAUGACAACAAUGAUUUUCAUUUACGUUCCAAGCUGAGCAGUUGAGGAAGAAGGAAAGGGAUCGUAAUUCGUAAUAUAUAUUACGUUUCGUAUGGAAUUCUACCGAUGUCUUGUUAAUAAUAUAUAUAUAUAUAAAUAGAAAGAGAGAGAGAGAAAGAGAGAGAAAGAG